GCGGGUUCAUGAUGAAGCCGUGAGCCGGAGCAGGGACAUGCUGGUGAUCGUGGCCCUGCUGCUCCUCUGCGCCACUCCCGAGAUUGCCUCCGCGCUGCCGCACCUGCGCAUCGCCGGCUCGUCCACCGUGAAGCCCGUGGCACAGGCAUGGCAGGGCGCCCUGGCUUUGAACUACACGAUCACGCUCGAGGGAGGCGGCUCGAGCGCUGGUGCGCGGCGGGUGUGCCUGCCAGAGAGCGACGCGGAGCACGUGGACAUCGGCAGCAUGUCUCGCGAGUGGAAGUCCUCGGAGGCGCAGCUGAUGGACGACGGCUACACCUACGAGUGCCUGGGGAGUGGCAACCGGGUCACGCAGACCAUGGUGGCCGUAGACGGCCUGGCGGUGGCCGUCGCCAGGGGAAGCGCGGCCAACGCGUGCAUCGAAACUAUCGGUGGCCUGACGCUCGCGCAGCUGCGCUGGAUCUUUUCCGACUGGAGCGACGCUGAGCUCCAGGCGGACGGCGUGUCCAUUGCGUCGAUCGCGCCCAGUGCCGACGGUGACUCUAUCAAGGAGUGGAGCGACUUGGACGCGAGCUGCGAGGAGACGCCGAUCAAUCCUUACGGCGCUGGAGACCAGUCUGGUACGCACGACUUCUUCGGAGAGACGGUGCUGUGCGCGAGCUGCUUCGACGAGACGGAGUAUUUCAAGCUAUGCAGCGACGAGGACUUGCACUACAUUGAGGGGCUUGAGAAGAACGCGUCGGAUUCCUUCAUUCAGGCGCACCGCCCAACGAAUAUGUCAAACUGCUACAUGCCUUCGGAGGACGACGAGCUGCUGCUGCAGUGGCUGUUUGCAGACACAGGGGGCAUCUCGUAUUUCGGGUACGCCUAUUACGCCCAGUUCGUGGACAAGGUCGUUGCCGUUGCCAUCGCGAGGGACACGGAACUCGGGGUGGCAGAGACCCAGCUGGCCACAAUCGCACCUGACGCCAGUAGCAUCGUCGACGGCUCCUACACAGUUUUCACGCGCAAUUUGUAUACGAAUGUGUAUAACAAGGCGUGGAACAUCUCUGGGGACUAUCUCAUAGCACGGUGGCGGACAUGAUGUUUGGCUUCACUGACUCUGGACAGGAUUUCGUUGCGAGUACAGGGUACGUGACUCUAAACAGGGAACAACAUGCAGCUAUGAUGGUUCGCAUAAAUGUCGGCGUGGCGACUGGAGGAAACCAGGAGGCGGACCUGAUCUCGUGGUCAUACACCAACCAGUUCGGACGCGACAAGGUCGACUACGGGUGCGAACUUUGUACGGCAGGCACGGCGAAAAACAAUGACGGCCCCACUCCUUGCGAUCCUUGCCCUCCUGGCUUCUUCACCCAGGAGACGGGCCAGUCCAUGUGCCAGUCGUGUCCCCAGGGCACCGCCGCUGCGCAGCAUGGUUCGCACAACUGCACCCCGUGCUCCAGUCACGAGCACCAGCCGCUGCCGGGGCAGGAUAGCUGCACCGCCUGCAGCGCUGGCCGGUUCACGGAUCUCGCGGGGCAGUCUUCUUGCGAGCCGUGCCCGUUGGGGACCUACAUGACCCCGGGCGGCAAUUACACCUGCGAGCUGUGCCCCGCAGGCAUGACCACUGUGGUGAUGGCGGCCUUGGCCAUGGAGACCUGCGGGUGUCGCGAGGGUACCUACCUGGCGGAGGGGGUGGGCUCGUCCGGACCGUGUCUGCCCUGUCCCGACGGCAUGGCGUGUGCGUUCGGGAGCAGCUUCGCGAAUUUCUACGCCAGCGACGGCAGCGUGAUCGCGUCGCCCCGUGAAGAUUAUCCUUUCCCCAUGGUCCAGGAUCGGGGAAACGCAUUCCUCACGUGCUACAACCUACCGCGGGGAUGGUUGCGGAUUCAAAUGCGUCGAUAAGAGGCAUUGCCCUGGCGGUGCACCAGGCACUUGUGCAGCUCACCGAGACAGCAGCCAGGUGGCGUGCGGGAAGUGCAUGGAUAACGCUUACGAUUCCGCAGGUGAGUGCGUCACCUGCGCUGGCACUGACAUAAUUCCGCUAUUGCUUGCGAUCUUCGCAGGCAUCUUGUCGGUUUGUACUGGUACAAUCGUUGUGAACAGGAGCCUGCUGAUGCGGUCAAGCUCUCUCGUGUUGGCCGUCAUCAUGGCAAGCCAGAUGUUUCUGGGCCUGCAGACGCUGUCAGUGUUCAAGAACCUCAGCGUCAAAUGGAUCGAACCGUUGUAUUCGAUGCUGGGGAUUGCUAGUCUGUUAAGUUUUGAUUUCGAUCUUCUGCGACUGCCUUGCACGUUCGGCUCGACAGCCAUCGUUGAAUACACAAUCAGGCAGUGCGUGGCACCGCUGUCAGUCCCUUGGGUGAUCAUCUCGCUGUUGGGAAAGAAGCACAUGAGCAAGGAUACUCAUGUUACCAAGGAGGCUCUCAACGCGAUCGGUGCGAUCUUUCAAAUUUUCUUCAUAUCAAUCGUUAUCUCUGCCACAGUCCCGCUAGUGCAUUAUGACCACCCGAAUGAUGCUGGCAGCUCGCUCGUCAGUAACCCAGCCAUCCUCUUUCUGGAGCCUGGUGGUGAGCACGUGCCAAUGUUGGUGGUCGGAUUCGUAGCCCUCUGCACCGUUCCCCUGCCGUUCUUGACAUUCGUGAUUUACGGCACGAGCCAGUACCGGAGGUACGUCGCAGCUGUCAGCGUCAAGGACGCGUGGGUGGAUUUUGACUCUUUCAUAU